UAGUUAAGUUCUUCAUGCAUAUUUCGGUAAACUCAGAUUGUUGUUCUACGGGGAUAUUGAGAUUAGUUGUUGAUCUGUUCGGAUAUCAAAUUGUCAAUUGUUUCUGUUAGUGGUCCGUUGUUAGGCUUUCCAUGAAACAAGGCUGUAAUGCAGAACCAGCAUGGAUUCUUCCAGAAUAAAAGACGAGCAAGUAUCACUUAACUCAGUAAAAAUUGAAGGUCAAGAAGAAGAUCCGAAUACAGAGUACACAAUCAUAGUUCAGAACGUAAACGAAUUUGGAGAAGUGACACAACAGAUUGUCGACCCCAGCAACAUACCUAAACUUUUAGGAGAUCUUUCAAAUAAUGCAGAUGGCUCUGUUCAGAUCGUUCACUUGGAGGAUGGGCAGUAUACAUAUAUUGUACAAACCGAGGAAGCUCUUGCAAAUGGAACCCCACAAUACGAAAUGACGCAAUCCGAAGAGUAUCAAAUUAUUGAAGAAUACGUUGAUCAACCACCUCAAAAUAUUGAAUCAAAUGUUGAAUACCAGACGCUUUAUGUCACCGAUGAACAAGAAGAAGGAAACAUGGGGGAAGCGGAAGUUUAUACAAUAUCAGUGGAAGAUACCGAGGCGGGAAAGAAUAGUGAAUAUGCUGAAUCUACUGAAGAAGAAUAUAUCCAAGGAAUGGUUGAAGAAGAGGAACAACAGAUGACCGUAUUAGAACAAGAAGAAGAUGAAGAAGAAUCAUUAAUGAAGGAAAAUACAGGCAUUAAUACUCAACAAAAACCCAUAGUUUUGUUUAGUGUUGCUGAGGAAACUGUUGCAACCGAAAAACUUAGUGUAAAGCAGGAAGAUACCACUGAAGAAUAUGAAGAUAACGAGCCAAGUGACGAUGAGUUUAAAGAAGAUUUAGGUGAUGAUGAUGGUACUACUGUAGUAACAACAGACUUAGAAGAUAACAUUAAUAUUAUUUAUGAAUGUAGUGUCUGUCAGAAAAUUUACACAACCUCUACAGGGGUAGAAAAUCAUAUCAGACGCGAACACUCUGGCCCAAAUUUUCAAAAAGACCAAAAUGAAAAAACUAAGAUCGACCAAUUUGAUGUUCUUGAACUAAAUUUAUGCCCCUGCUGUCAAGAACCAUCUGAAACGGCACAUACUCGAGGAGACUUUUCUUGCGACCAAUGUUUGAAAUUGUUUACUCUGGAAAAUUCUUUACGUAGACAUAAAAGUAUUGAGCACCCUGUGGGAGACAAUUUUCAAUGUGCUGAUUGUAAUAAGGAAUUUAAAGAUAGGGACGAUUUAAUAACGCAUACAAGAGUACACUCAUUAAAUUCAAUAAAAUGUAUCUGUGGCAGAGAAUUUGCCAGAAAGUAUCACUUAGAAAGGCAUAUUUACCAAACGGGAUGUUCUAGGUUACCGAAACAAGUGUACGAAUGUCGAGUUUGUGGAAAGAACUUUACGAGAAAGGACUACCUGGCAGAUCAUUUAAGAGAACAUGCGGGUAUUCCAGUAAAAAAACGGGUGAAAAAUUUUAUGUGCCAGUUUUGUAAGAAAGAAUUUUCUACCAGUUCAUUGUUGAAUGUUCAUGUUCGAACUCAUACAGGAGAAAGACCCUAUCCAUGUGACCUGUGUGAAAAACGAUUUCCCUCUGGAGGUGCUUUAAAGAAGCAUAGGCGAAAGCAUACAGGCGAAAAACCAUAUGUUUGUCCAGAGUGCUCUGUCUCGUUUGCUGCCAAAGAAACCUUAAAUCGACAUUUUCGAACCCAUUCGGGAGAAAAACCGCACAAGUGUAAAUUUUGUGGCAAGGCUUUUAUUCAAGCUGCUCAACUUCGAGCCCAUAUUUUUCAUCAUACAGGCGAAAACGCUUACCCAUGUCCUUUUUGCCAAAGAUCUUUCAACAGGAAACUAAGACUUACCACUCACAUAAAAUACAUGCACGAAGGGGCUGAACCGCUUAAAUGCCCGCAUGAGGGUUGCGAAAAGACGUUUUUCAGGAAAGAAGAUGUUAAUAGACACGUGUUGAUUCACAGCAAUAAAAAACCUUUUCAAUGUGACGUUUGUCAGAAGAGUUUUGCGAUCAAGUCUUCUUUAAAAAUGCACUCGAACAUACAUAGGAAAGAGCAACCAGUCUCAUGCGAAGUAUGUUGUCGGGCUUUUAUAAGGAAAGAUUGUCUUAUUAGGCAUAUGAGAACCAGACACAGAGAUUUGGUCGAGGAAAUCGUUAAGAAUUCAGAGAGAAAACAUCUUAAAAGCCAAGUGUUGAAAUGUCUAAUUGAACAACCGGAGGAAAUAGAAUCUAUUAAAGCUUCGGUAGUGUGGACGGAAUUAAGUCUCACAGAAUCCAUCAAAGAGUUGCUGUCACUAUUAGUCGAAGAAGAGUGCCUUGCCGAGUUUGGUCAUCCAGAUGCCCCAGCAGAUAAAGUAUUAGAGUCCGUAAUCACCCGGUGCGGACAUCAGCCUGCUGAUCGUUCCAAAUAUGACUAUAUCGGCAGAAUGCGAGCUAACACAAAACUUUUAUUUACAGUUGUUAUCGAUGAUGCGUCAGUUAAAGAGUUGUUAAAGAGACAAUCAGUGGAUGAAGUUAUCGUGCAUGUACUUACUAUCGCUAGGAAACAAGCGAAAGAGGAAAAUGCCAGCAAAGAAAGUUUGGUUUCUAAAAGAGAAGUCGACUCAGAACCAGAGAUGGAAAGCCAAGAAGUUAUUUAUGACCCUGAUGACCCGUUGCCAUUUUCAGAUCACGAAUUAGAAAUGGAAAAUCAAGAAGAAAUAUGUAUGUCAGAUGAGCAACAAGAAAUGAAUUCCGAAAGUAAUAUGAGGGUAGCAGAAAAUGAAGAUAAUAGUCUUGAAUAUGCUAUGACUGAGGAAAGUUUGUAGUAUUUACAGACUUAUCAUCCAAAGUUUUUAAACUUUAUAUACAAAUAUGAAUUAUGUUUAUGCUUGCUAUGUACGUAGUACUGGUUUUUCAAUAGAAAUUAUAUUUUAAGUUUUA